UUUUGCUUCGUUUUGGCCACAAGUUCCUUUCUUCUGAUUCUUCUGCCAGGAACCUCCUGUUCAGAUGCCGAGCACAAGCUCUUCUCUGUGAUAUUCGCCAAGUACAACCAGUACAUACGGCCGGUGGAAAAUGUGACCGACCCAGUCAUUGUGCAGUUCGAGGUGUCCAUGUCACAGCUGGUCAAAGUGGAUGAAGUCAAUCAGAUCAUGGAGACAAAUCUGUGGCUGAAACAUAUCUGGAAUGAUUACAAACUCAGAUGGAAUCCAAAAGAUUUUGGGGGUGUAGAGUUUAUCCGAGUACCAUCCAGCAGGAUAUGGAAGCCAGACAUCGUGCUGUACAACAAUGCAGUUGGAGAUUUCCAGGUUGAUGACAAAACAAAAGCCUUACUUCGUUACAAUGGUGAUGUUACCUGGAUCCCGCCAGCCAUAUUCAAGAGCUCUUGCAAGAUUGACGUCACUUACUUCCCCUUUGACUACCAGAACUGCACCAUGAAGUUCGGAUCCUGGACAUAUGACAAGGCCAAGAUCGAUCUGGUGCUCAUCGGCUCAACCAUUAACCUCAAGGACUUCUGGGAGACUGGGGAUUGGGUGAUCAUCGACGCCCCUGGUUACAAACAUGACAUUAAGUACAACUGCUGUGAGGAAAUCUACACGGAUAUCACAUACUCUUUGUACAUCCGCCGUCUGCCACUUUUCUACACCAUUAACAUGAUCAUCCCCUGCCUCCUCAUCUCUUUCCUCACCGUGCUUGUCUUCUACCUGCCAUCUGAUUGCGGUGAGAAAGUCACUCUGUGUAUCUCCGUCCUGUUGUCUUUGACUGUUUUCCUCCUCGUCAUAACAGAGACCAUCCCCUCCACCUCACUAGUCAUCCCCCUGAUUGGCGAGUACCUCCUCUUUACCAUGAUCUUUGUCACCCUCUCAAUUGUCAUCACUGUUUUUGUGUUAAACAUCCACUAUCGCACACCAAAGACUCACACUAUGCCCUGUUGGGUGCGGACUGUGUUCCUUGGACUGUUGCCCAGGGUGAUGUUCAUGACUAGGCCAGAGAGAGACCCAGACGAGGUGACAAUGGUUGGCAAUGAUCAGACCACACAUUCAAGACCCUGUGCCAUUCAUUUGUCAGGUACUUUGCAGAAGCAGAACAAACCUCAGGCCCUGGCCUCCAGCAUGGUGUCCAGCCUGACAAACCGUCAACAGCUUUUUAACAACACAGAGCUCUCCUAUCUCAAUAACUUAAGUGCAGACCCAGUCAAAGGUGCAGGUUCUGCGUUCCUAUGCUGUGAGGGCCACUGCAACUGCUGUUGGCACCCACGAUCCAGCAAACUGCCUGCAGAUUCUGGAGGAGGAAGUGGAGGACUGGGCAGCCUGGGGGCACUAACUGGAGGCAGUGCUGUUGGGGUCAGAGGUGGAAGUCAGUGCUCCAGCUCUGAGUCACUGGAUGGAGGAAAAAUGUCCCUGCUGCCGCUCUCUCCUGAGGUCAGGGAGGCUAUUGAGAGUGUCAAAUACAUAGCAGAGAACAUGAGAUUACAAAAUGAAGCAAAGGAGGUUCAAGAUGACUGGAAAUAUGUUGCCAUGGUUAUUGACAGGAUCUUCCUGUGGGUUUUUGUUCUCGUGUGCAUUCUGGGAACAGCUGGCCUCUUCCUCCAGCCUCUAUUAGUAGGGGAAGACAUUUGAAUCAGUUUGACAAAACUAAUACUCCAAACUGUUAUAAAUAAGAUUUUUGUCAUGGCUCAGACAGAGAAAACAUACAGCGGAUACAAAGUCAAGAAGAACAGAUGACUGUCUGCCAAAUGCUGAUGAAAAUGCUUUAUUGACUCUUUUCACAGACAGAGUAGAUUAUGUUUGUUUGACAAAGUGGUUUAAGGACUCUCCAAUGCCGAGACCAUGGUGGUUAGUCAUUUCAUUGUGUACCAAAUCGUUCUGCAGAAAAUGGCGAUAUAAUCUAUAAUGCCAAGGCAACAGCCUUGAAGAAUCAAAAAAUUAAAUCUAUUGAAUUUGAAGCGCCCAAUUUCACAUUAAGCAAGUAUGUACAUACGUUCAUAAAUGCACCAUUAUGCUACUAGAAAGCUCAAUAUUUGAAUUACCAUUAUGUUCAUAAUUUAAAAUCCUAAUUCCAUACUGAAUACCAUGCAGAUAAUAUAGAUGUGUUUAUGGAGAUAGCAGAACAAACUGUUAUUAUUAUUUCCAACAUCAGCAUCAACAGUAAGGUCGUUGACUGUGUUUAAAUAGUGACACCAUGUGGUGAUUCUUUGCUAUUACAAAUAAUAACACAGCUUUCUGACAGUUAAAGGGAUAUGUUACCCAGUUUAUCAUAAAUUCUGCUGUAUCAUAUUCUCAUUUGUAAAAUGUUAUGAAAAGGUAUAUUGAUACUUUAUGCCUGAAAUGCAUAAAGAGAGUUGCUAUUUGAUCCGCAUAGCAUGUCCUUCUGGACUGGAUGUCUUGAGAAAAUGUGACCUAGAAUUUAUAUGGAAAAUUGGAUACUUCCAGUGCCCUGAAAUUUAAUGU